AUGAAAAAAGGAGGAUCAACUACUGCAGUGAAAAGAACAUAUAGUGCGGCAUAUCCAAAUUUACCGAAAAAGUCCAAAGCUGAUAAGCAUAAGCAUCGAAGAACAAGACGGGAGAAACGCAAGGAACUUGAAGAAAUUGCCAGGAGUACUGGGGCAGAUAAAAAUAAUAGCCAUGAACAGAAUAACAGUCUGGUAAGGAAGAACUCUUUCAAUGCAUUAGAGUUAGUGGAUGAUGAAACAGAUAACAACAUUUCUAAUAGCGAUCCAAAACAGCAGAAAGCAGUGAUAAUUGAAGAUGAUGAUGGCGAUGAGGUAAUUAAUAUGGUAGCAGAUGAUGAUGCUCAAAACCACUCUGAACCUGCACAGGGAAAGAACGAUGAAAUUGUAAUGAUUGAUUCUGAUUCUUCUAACAGCAGUGGUUCCGAAAAAUCAGACGAGAAACAGCAUGACCAAUUGCAAGAAAAUACCGAUUUUAUUGCAUUUGAUUUUUCGUCCGAUGAUGAAGAGGGUGCUAAAGAGCAGAAGAACAAUGAAAAUAUCGAGGAAUCUGAAAGAGGAAUCAAUGUUUCAGGAAUUAACAACUCUCCAAUUAAAGCAGUUAAUCCAAAAUAUCCUUGGCUGAAGAGCAACAAACACACAAAACAGCUGGAGGUUUCAGAUUGGCUUACAAUGGAGAUUAAGGAUUUUGUCAAAUACAUUUCACCUUCUGAGAAGGAGAUCGAGGCAAGAAAUAGCGUAGUUCGGAGAUUAAAUGAUGCAAUUAUGAGUCUGUGGCCAGAUGCGGAACUUCACUGCUUUGGAUCGUAUUCCACAGAUUUGUACCUUCCUGGUUCAGACAUUGAUACAGUUGUUAUUUCCAAAGGUCACAAGUAUGAUAACAGGGCAAGUCUCUAUAAACUUUCAACAUAUCUAAGAGUUCACAAGCUUGGAAAGCGAAUCGAGACGAUUGCCAAAGCAAAAGUGCCAAUUAUUAAAUUUGUUGACCCUGAGACAGGAUACCAUAUUGACAUAUCAUUUGAGAGGGAUAAUGGGCUAACUGCUGCACAAAUUAUAAUAUCAUGGAUUAAAAGCACCCCCGGUUUACGAGAACUUGUCAUGAUAGUAAAGCAAUUUCUAUCGGUAAGAAGGUUGAAUGAAGUUCACACUGGUGGAUUGGGUGGAUUCUCGAUAAUAUGUCUGGUGUACUCAUUUUUAAGACUCCAUCCAAGGAUUGUUACCGGUUCAAUCGAUCCUAUGGAUAAUCUAGGUGUUCUAUUAAUUGAAUUUUUCGAGCUUUACGGAUUCAACUUUGGAUACGACAAUGUUGCGAUUGCAUUUAAAAACAAAACGCAACCGAUAUAUAUUCCGAAAACGUCCAAUCAAAACCUGUUAAAUCGAAAUCCGUUCUUCCUUGCUAUUCAGGACCCUCAAGAUCCAACAAACAAUAUAUCUCGCGGGACAUUCAAUCUUAGAGAUAUUAAAAGAUCAUUUGGGGGUGCAUAUGAAAUGCUUGUUAACAAGUGCUAUGAAAUGAAUAAUGCAACAUACAAGCAGAGGUUGGGCGAAUCCAUAUUGGGAGAUGUUAUUAAAUUUAAGGGAAAGGCAAGAGAUUUUGUGGAUGCAAGGGGUGCAGUUAAAAACUAUGCAUUCCAAAUCGCAAGUGGGGAGGCAAGCCGGGAAGAUCUUUUAUCAAGUGGUUCUCAGUCAGAGACUACAAGUGUUGGGUCUGAUACUGAUUACAAGCCCAAGUCGAAGUACGAGUUUAUAGAUAGUUCAAGCGAUGACGACGAGUCUGAUAUAUCAUCAUCUGAAUCUGACAGGGAUGCUGAACAAAAAAGGUUAUAUGAAAUAUAUGAGAAAUCGCAAUCCUCGAUAAAGGAAAAGCAGAAGGACAAGAUACAAAAAUCAGAACUUCUUAUGGGAAUUCACAGCUCUGAAGAGCAAGAUGACGAACAGCAUGCUUCUGCAGUUAGAGAAGUCACUAAUAAUAAUAUUAGCAAGAAAGAAAUUGAGCAGGACUUUGAGGAUUCAAGUGAUGAUAGUGGGUACCAACCAACUCCAAGUAUUACAAAGCAUACCGUGAAUAAGACAAGAAACGCGAGUAUUGGCUGCAAAAAGGAGGCAUUUGUGACUAUACACAGGAAUGAUAACUAUUUACCUUCAUAA